CCCAGCCUCCUCCUCCUCCUCCUCCAUCCUCCAGCCUCCCUCCCCUCGGCCCCGCAGAGGGAGGGAGCCAUGGGCGACCUUCCGGGCCUGGUGCGGCUGUCCAUCGCCCUCCGCAUCCAGCCCAACGACGGGCCCGUCUUCUAUAAGGUGGACGGCCAGCGCUUCGGCCAAAACCGCACCAUCAAGCUGCUCACCGGCUCCUCCUACAAGGUGGAGGUGAAGAUCAAGCCCACCUCCCUGCAGGUCCAGAACAUCUCCAUAGGUGGAGUCCUCGUUCCCCUGGAGCUGAAAUCCAAAGAGCCUGAAGGGGAACGCAUCGUGUACACGGGGACGUAUGACACGGAAGGAGUGUCCCCCACCAAAAGCGGGGAGCGGCAGCCCAUCCAGAUCACUAUGCCGUUUAGUGAUAUAGGCACUUUUGAGACCGUGUGGCAAGUUAAAUUCUACAACUACCACAAAAGAGACCACUGCCAAUGGGGCAGCCCCUUCUCGGUCAUCGAAUAUGAGUGCAAACCCAAUGAGACGCGCAGUCUGAUGUGGGUGAACAAGGAAUCAUUCUUGUGAAGGUGGCCCAGGCUGACGUUGCUCUACAAUCUCUUCAGGAAUCUACCUUAAACUACAACCAGCACAAGCCUUGACCAAGGCAAAAACUGGGACGGCCGUCAUUUCCACACUUGGUAAAAUAAUGUUCCCGUCACACCUUUGGAAGUAUACCCUCCCUAAGUCACCAGAUCCUUACAGCAUUUAAGGUGAUGGCGUGACAGUUUAAUAAAACAUUUUUCUGUAUUUCACUCCUAUCGUACCCCUGCAUCCAACAAACCCCGUCGUGCUGUUUACCCCCAUGAUGGUAGAAAAUGAAAAUGCAACCUAGAUGUUAUACAUUUACAAUGAACCACUUAACAACUGUGCUUCUUGUUCUCAGGUGGAGUGACUCGCCCCCUUUAAGUGUUGUGAAAUACUGUGACUGGUUCUACCUUGUGAGAUUUAGUAAAAUGUAAUUUUUGCUGUUUCCCUCUGGAAUGACUGGAACAAGCUUUGGGAAAGAUGUUCAACAGGGAGCUUUCUAACUGCUCGGUUGUUGUUUUCCCCCCCCCACUUUAUUAAAACUCUGGCUUUCCAGGAACCAAACCGAUCAGCUCAGGGUGCUAAAAAGCAGUAAUUUCACUGCUUAUGGCCUUGUGACAAACACACACACACACACACACACACACACACACACAUACACAGUAUUGGAGUUGUCAGCAAAUAUGUCACAUGAAUUACAGUAUUACCCUUUUUAUUUUGGGGAAGUGCUAGAUAAAUUGCCUAGCAGGAGCAUCACUACAACCCUAUCAUGUGAACUUUGUAAACCGUGUAUGGAACUGUAGUAAACUUUUUUCUUUCUUAAUAAAGGAAUUGACAGUGAUCUAA